AUGACCACCACUACAUUAACCGCUGCUGAGGCAGCUUGGCGGGGUGUGGACCUCAUUGAUGUCCAUGCUCAUCGAGUGCGUGGGCGUGUAGCCGCCGCCCGCCACGACACGCUGGCAGGUUGGCUGGUCUCACCGGAGGGGCGGGCCGCGACGCGCUUGAAUCGCUCGACAAUGCUGCACCAGUGGCACAAAAACGUAUACCACAUCAGCGCUGACAUGCCUUUUCUCACUUUACACGACCAUGAUGUGCGCCUCAACGGCAGUUUCGAGAGCUACCGGAGCAACCUCUUACUGCAUUCGUCGGGCAUGCUCAUUAUGGAGUUUGAAACGUUCACGGUUGAUUUCGUGCCACAAUGGGCCAACCCUGUGUGGGAGCUUUUGGCCAUGAACUUGGAAGCUGAACAUGAUCAAAUUCUUGAAAGCUUGCAUCAAGUUCUUGCGCACAUUCCAGCCGUGAAUGUUUCGUGGGACCUUUUCGCCGAAGAUGCUGCUCCUCUGAGUGCAUGGCAUCGCUGGUGGGCGGCUUGCGGUUCUUUUGUGCUGCAGCAUUGGCCGAUUGCGUGGUAUUUAUUCCGUAUGUUUUGUGACCUUCGGGGAUGUGGGUGUUUCAUCGUCAUGGUCGUGCUUCUGCCAUGCGCAGCGUGGAUAUUUCGAAGCGCUGCAAAACGAGCUGCGUGA